GCAGUACUGGGCGCCAGGGCUCAGACAGCCGAAUUCGAGCAGGACUCCCAGGUUUCUUAUCACUGCGCGGCGGGUGCCUCCUCUCUCUCAGUACCCCCGAAGGAAGCUCUUUGCCAAACGAAUGCUGCAGAACUUUUGUGAAAGUGAGAGCAGGGUGGUUGGGGGUGCUGGCUCAGGACUUCCCACGCGGGGUCCUCGGCCUCUGACCUCUGGGGAUUGAGGGGGCGGGUCUCCACUACUGCCUCCAGCCCGCCUGGCUCCGCGGAAUCCCAGGCGAGGUGCCCAUGGACUUUGGAAGUCAAUCUGUGGGCCCCCUUUAAGAAACCAGAGCAACUUCAGCGGGCACAAACUUUCCCGAGACGCGCUCCCAGCUCUGGCUGACGCCUUGGCUGACGAAGAAGGAAGAGAGAGGGAGUGAAUGGCCGCAGCCGCAGUCUACCGCGCCAGAGACAGAUCCGGAUUGAGAAGCCACUACAACUACCAAAAUGGGCAGCAAAACCUUGCCGGCGCCAGUGCCUAUCCACCCUUCCCUGCAGCUCACCAACUACUCCUUCCUUCAGGCAGUGAACGGCCUCCCCACAGUACCCUCGGACCACCUGCCCAACCUGUACGGUUUCAGUGCGUUGCAUGCUGUGCACCUGCAUCAGUGGACGCUGGGCUACCCGGCCAUGCACUUGCCACGCUCUUCUUUCUCCAAAGUGCCAGGCACCGUGUCCAGUUUGGUGGAUGCGCGCUUCCAGCUGCCCGCCUUUCCCUGGUUCCCUCAUGUUAUUCAACCCAAGCCCGAGAUCACCGCUGGAAGCAGCGUUCCAGCGCUCAAGACCAAGCCGCGCUUUGAUUUCGCCAACCUGGCCUUGGCCGCAACGCAAGAAGAUCCGGCCAAGCUUGGCCGCGGGGAGGGCCCAGGCUCCCCUGCCGGUGGGCUAGGCGCCCUCCUCGAUGUGACCAAGCUGUCUCCAGAAAAGAAACCCACAAGGGGACGUCUGCCUUCCAAGACCAAGAAGGAGUUCGUCUGCAAGUUCUGUGGCCGCCACUUCACCAAGUCCUACAACCUACUUAUCCAUGAGCGGACGCACACCGACGAGCGGCCCUACACCUGUGACAUCUGCCACAAAGCCUUCCGGAGGCAAGACCACCUGCGGGACCACAGAUAUAUUCACUCCAAAGAGAAGCCCUUCAAGUGUCAAGAGUGUGGGAAAGGAUUCUGCCAGUCCAGGACUCUCGCUGUCCACAAGACGCUACACUCACAGGUGAAGGAGCUCAAAACCUCCAAGAUCAAAUGCUAAAUAGCCUCUGGGUCACAAGGACCCUGGGCCCAGCAGCCCUCUCCUCCAGAGGGACCAGAAGCCUAACUCUGGCGGGCAGGGGAGAGGCGCUCGUUCAGGACCUUCCACCUCUCCAACAUUGUCCCCUGGGUCCCUGGCGCACGCGGCACUUCAGAGCCCCGCCCGGGGCCUAGACCCAGACCGACCCAGCUGCUCCCCUAGGACGCGGCUAAACUCUUGGCCAAAAGGCGGUACUCACGUGGCGGAAGGGAAACUGCAUUAAAAGAAGAACGAAAGCUCCGUGGAGCUGCAGCGGCGCCUCUCCCAGAAGUAUUACUUUUUCUAUUGUUAUUUUAUACGUUUUCAUUUUUAUUUUUGUCUUUGACCAUAUAAGCUUGUAACUCUGACUGCGGAGAGUGAUGGGAGAAGGGAGAAGCAACGAAGUCCUUCGCACUGGCACCUCCCACCUCCUCCUCCCGCCCCUGCCCCCACCCCGGAGGCUGCAAAAGUGUAAUCCCGGUAUCUACUUCAGCCGUCUGCCCCGGGAACCACGGGGCCAGGAGCGCCCCUCCUAGCUCUUGCGGCUCGACCGGGCUCCGGGACUCAGACUGUGGGGCGAGGACCUCCGGCCUGGGGGCUGCAGGAAACCCGGCCUCUGCCGCCUAGACACCACGAGGGAGCAGCCAGCCAGGAGCCAGGCGUUAUAUUGCGAUUGGCACUUUAUGCUGACCAUCGGUAACGGACAUUUAUCACUGGAGUUUUUUUUUUUUUUUUAAUAAAAAACUAUUAAAUAAACGGUUAUUUUACAGGCA